UGUUUGUGCGUGUGUGCAGCCUGUGUGUGUGUGAGUGUGUGUGCAGCUCGGCCCGGCCUCCCUCCCUCGCUCCCUCCCUCCCUCCGCCGUGAAUGGACUAGAUUCCCGGCCACGUAAGAAGCACCGCGGCACCACGGGAGAGAGGAUGUCCUGCUGAACCGAGGAUCGGCCUGGGAAAGUCGGCCGGCCGUCCUUCUCCUUUCCUCUUUACCUUCAAGCACCUUUCAGCAAGCAGCGGACACAAAAGACGCGACAUCUUUCUUCUUCUUCUUCCUCCUCCACUGGACUAAGAGAAACAGAGAGAGAGAAAGAGAGAGAGAGAGCGCGCGUCGACUCCCGCACACAAAGAGCUGCAGCAGCCUUUUGCUUUCCAGACCGGAUGGGGUUUUCUCCUUAAGACAACCGCCGUGCACGGAUAUGAUCCCGGCGAACAAGGCCCGUGCACUGACCUGGUACUAGUUAGCCGAGGAAGCUACCCAGUUAGCUCUGCACCUGCUAGCCAUCAUUUGUCUGUCAACUCGAGCUAAAUCCAGCCGUGUCAGGCAGCUAGCCAAACGGGCUCAACCUCUCAUUUCCUCGAGGUUUUUUGUUUAUUGGCUAUUUUCCCCUCUGAACCGUUUGUUUCCGUUGCAAGGAACCGUCCACCUGCAGAGAGGAGCUAGCUGAAGCGAGCUGCGGGUUGACUUAGGACUCGUCAUUCAUUGUAAAAGAAGAAAGACUUUUUCUCUGGAAGCAUUUCGUUGCUAGUUUAGCUCCCACUGACGUUAGGGAAAGUGCAGCUGGUCUGUGCAAAGGGGUUUCCUGUGGACUCGCCGGGUCGGAGCUCCGGUGUCUUAUCCCGGUGUUGUCUCUUGCACGCAGGGACAGAUGAACCGGUGAAGAGACGUUCAAAGACCAGGGAGCGAGCUCUGCCCAGCUGUUGAUCGCCUGUGGUUUCCAGCAGCGUUUCCUCCGUGGCUGAAGAAUCUCUCUCAAAAAAAAAAAGCACCGACCGGACAAAGUGGUGGUGGCCCGAUAGAGGAGGAGGAGGAGGAGAAGCAGCGGGAGGAGGAAGCCCCCUCGGUACUGUGGAGCUAUCACCCUUAUUCCUCAUGAACAUACAGAGGUCAAAUCCUAUUAACAUUUCACGUUAUGGGAGAUCGCGGCACAAAUCGCACGACUUCGAGGAGCUGUCUUGCCUGAGGAGCGCCGAGUCGCACCAGAGCUUCAGCCCCAACCUCGGGUCCCCCAGCCCGCCGGAGACCCCGGACUCCUCGCACUGCAUCUCCCGCAUCGGGGACUACCUGCUGCUGGAGCCGCUGGAGGGGGACCACGUCUUCAGAGCCGCCCACCUGCACAGCGGGGAAGAGCUCGUGUGUAAGGUUUUUGACAUUGGCCAAUACCAGGAGUCACUGGCGGCCUACUUCGCCCUGGGCCAGCACCAGCACAUCAACCAGAUCCUGGAGAUCUUGCUCGGGGAGACACGAGCAUAUGUGUUCUUUGAGAGGAGCUAUGGGGACAUGCACUCUUUCGUCCGCACCUGCAAGAAGUUGCGGGAGGACGAGGCUGCCAGACUCUUCUAUCAGAUAGCCUCGGCUGUGGCACAUUGCCACGACAACGGACUGGUCCUCCGAGACCUCAAGCUGAGGAAGUUUGUCUUCAAGAAUGAAGACAGAAGCCUCGUGAAGCUGGAGAGCCUUGAGGACACGUAUAUCCUGGAUGGUCACGAUGACUCCCUGUCAGACAAACAUGGCUGCCCAGCCUAUGUAAGUCCCGAGAUCCUCAACGCCAACGGCAGCUACUCGGGGAAGGCAGCAGACGUCUGGAGCCUGGGUGUCAUGCUUUACACCAUCCUCGUGGGGCGCUACCCUUUCCAUGAUGUGGAGCCCGGCUCUCUGUUCAGCAAAAUCCGCAGGGGCCACUUCAACAUCCCCGAAACGCUCACACCCAAGGCCAAGUGCCUGAUCCGCUCCAUCCUGCGCCGGGAACCCGCGGAGCGCCUCACCUCCCGGGAGAUCCUGGAGCACCCGUGGUUUACCUCCUCGGGGGCGCUGGGAGGCGCCGCCGUGCACAGCAGAGCGGAAAGGGAGCAGGAGCAGUUGGUGCCUGAGGUGAACAUGGAGGAGGAGCUGGAGCAGUUCUUCAGCUGAGCAAACACCAAGCACAAACGGGACGACUCCGCCACGGUCAGCUCGCCACGCUCCCAGCAGAGCCAGAAAACAGUAGUGUAGAGAUUAUUAGGUGAACAUUUGUCAUUUAUAAUAAAGGUGUUUCCAUCCUGUUUCCUUUUUCCGCCAUUUCAUGGAAAACCUUGAGCCUGGCAUGACAAAUGGCAUCUAUAAUGUCACCUGGCGAUGCACCUCCUGAUCGGGGGUGCUGCCGCCGGACAUGCAAGUUGCAAACAAUGUAGCAAAUGUUCUUAUUUUUUGGAUUUGUUUCGUUUUUAAUGUGGUGCUCAUAAAAGUAGACACAUUCACCAUUUUUGACACUAUGGAAAGCAUGAAGGGACAAAAGAACACAGGAAACCAAGGAGAACAAUUCAAACUGCAGCGCCACACCAUUUCUGAUUUGUUUUGUUUUUGCGUCAUAGCUUUAGGUGGCACCAAUUCUAACCACAGACCCAGGGUCAAAAAAUCGGGCGUUCACUUGAACUAAAACACGAUGAUUAUUGCUGACCUGGGAUCACUGGUUAAAAGAUGGAGCGGCUUCAGCUUUUUCUCAUCAUCCUCAUCGUGUUUGACCUCGACUUUGUUUCACCGUUUGGUCUCAGUUUCACGUGACGGUCACUUAACUCCUCGACUCCCUUGUUUUCAGUCAUUUUUAUGUUUCGUCCUCCUCGCUCUCUUAAGCCUUUAUCACACCAUCCAUCACCACACUUUCCUUUUGAUAAACUUUUCUUUUUCCUGGUUUUGUUUUGAAGCCGUUUCCGGUCUGUUGUUACUGCUGCUUUGAUAUCACUCCCUUAAACCUCAAUCUUAGGCUGUUUUUCUUGGUAAGCCUCCAAACAUGGCGUCAUGCACUUGAUGUGUCGGGUGAAUGGACGAUUCCACCUCUUAAAAUUAGCUUCCUCUUAUUUAAAUUCAUUCUUCAGUUGUAGGAACGAGGACGUAACAUUUAUUUAAAUUGUAACAGUUAUAUAUAAAUAUAUAAAAAAUAAAUAGAAAUAAAUAUAUAUAUAUAUAUAUAUUUAAAACUACAUUGCAGGGUUUUUCUUUAUUCAGAGAUUCCUUUUUCAUGUAUGAUGUAGGCAAUAUCUCGACACAGGACAGGCAGGAGGAGGAAACGUCUGUCUGAAGUUUUAGAGUACACAAUAUCUUCUGUGCCAGUAUUCCUGUGGCCCGACAGCCCAUGCCACCCGGUCUCCCCCUUUUUUUCUUUAAAAAAAAAGCAAAAAAAUAAACUUGAUACAAGAUAUUCAGUGAUAGUAUUGCUAUGACAUGCUCACUCCAGGACCUCAUGUUAGUUUUCUACUGCCUGCGUAGGUUCUGUGAAACGAUCAUGCUCGGAAUGGGUACCAGUGGACAUGUAUUGUCGUAUCUCAAUGUUACUUGAAUUUGUGUUGUUAUCUAGUCAUCGGCAUGCGCCCCAUGAAUGCUAUAGCCUGCCAGGGGGAGAAGUGGGAGGGAGGGUGCUUGUUUUUUUUGUUUUUUUUCUAAGAAAAGUUGAAACCAUGGAAAUUCUCAAUUUGCUACUUUUCUGAGUUGCUUUUCAAUAAAUAAUAAUAAAAAAAGAAAAACUAUUGCUUUUAAUGUUUUUGUAGACUGAGCUACCUUUUUAUUUAAGUUGGUUCCGAUUUGGUGCUAAUGUUUUAGUCCUUUUUUGUUUCACGGAGGGGCGUGGUGCAUGGUGGGAUAUCUGCCUCAGAUGUUCUGAUUGUAUCGUAACAGAUUCUGGUGUUUUUGUCCAAAUUUAUUCAGUCAAUAAAUUGUGAACUGCUA